AUGAAUUAUAAACCUAUAUCAGAUUAAUAAUCCGUAGAUAUUGUUGAAGACGAUGGUGAAUUAGAUGUUGUUAAUAUAAAAUAGAAUAGGAGAAAGAAUACAUCUAAUAGCAAAUUAAUAAUUGUUUGGAUUAUCAUUCUCAUAAUCUUAUUUGGAGGAAUUUUGAUUUAUGUAUCGGAUUAGGCAAAAGAGUAAAAGAAGGUAAUUCCGAAAGAGGAAACAAAAGUAAAUAUUACAAUACCAAAAGAGUAGUACAAUACAAAAGAUGAAUCUAAUUUAGAUGGGCCUAAAUUGAUUGAAAUAGAUGAAGAAAGAAAAAAAGAUGAAGGUACUGAUCAUAAGGAGGAUUAAGAAUUAUAAAAUGAAUAAUUACAUUAAGAAGAGGAUAUUCCCCAGCAAAAUGUAAAUAAGAGUGAAUUAAAUCAAACUAUUGUAAGUGAAUCAUAAAUAAAAAAUCAAACAGUUAAUGGAACUGAGCCUCAUGAAAAUAAAGACACACACAAGGAACUUUAAUAAAAUAGAAGGAAUGAUGAAGUACUGUGUGAAAAAGGAUACUAUAUGGAUAAAAAUUUAAAGGCAUGUAAAUAAUGUGAGGAGAAAUGUUCUGAAUGUAUGCACAUUACAGGGACUUGUUAUCGGUGUGAGGAGGAAUAUUACCUUAAUAUAUAUGGAAAAUGUAUAAACAUUUGUGAUUAGAAUCAGAAGAAGCAGCCAAAUUUACUGAUUUCAGAAGAAAAUAAGAAUUAGACAAUCCCAUUUUGUUUUGGGAAAAACCAUAGCUCUUCUUUUUAUAUGGGAGUAUAGAAAUCCAAGAGCACCCAUUUUGUGUUGCCCUAUUUGAUAAUUCACCCAGCAAAAUCAGUUUCUUAGGUUUAUCACAAUGAUUUUCCCAUUGUUUACUAUUUUAAUAAGGAUCUGUUCAAUUUUGAAGAAAAUAUCAAACUAACAGAUAUAGCUUAAGAAGCACAGGAGAGAUUAUUGAUAGUCAUCAUUGUAGGUAGCCAUACUUUGUAUGAUUAUACUUUAUUCAACUCGUUCUUAUUUUAAAAUGCAAUUGAAAACAUAGAAUAAAUUGUGAAAGCUAAGAGUACUACAUUCCGAUCGUACUUUGGAUAGGAAUACAAUGGUUAUGGAGUGAUUAGAGAAUAUAUUUCUUAAUACAGAAAUAAUACAAUAGAUUUAAUAAUAUCUGAUGAUCCUUCUGAAUUGCUACAUGAGGAAGUAGAGUUGAAUUAGUUGGUUACAUAAGAAAGACAUAUGACAGACUAUAAUUUUGAAUCACUUUCAGGAGCUAAAUCAGACAAAUCUGUUUUAAUUGUAAUGGAAUAUACAAUGAAAGAUGAGAAUCAUCAUAAUAACUAAUGUGAUAGAUUUAAAUAUGUUUCAUUCGUGCAUUGUCAAAUAAGAGAAGUAUAGAUAAGUCACCUUCAAAAAAUGAAAUAAAACUUUGAAUUUAUAUCUUAAUUUGUUGUUUAGUUAAAUUUGGAAUGA